AUGGCUUCCUAUCAGAAUGGAAAUCCCAUGUACUCGCCGGAUCAGUUCAUGAAUCCGGGGCCGGCUCCCCGCCCCCCUACUGAUCGCCCAAAAUUGACUCUCCCCACCAAUAACGCCAAUAACAAUGUGGCCACCUCCUUCAACCAAAUGUCCCUCAAUUCGCCCAGUACCCCCAGCGCCGGCAACCUUUCGCUCUUUCCCAACACCAGCACCCCAUCUUUGACCCGGAGCCAGACCGGAGGCCAGGGUGGGGUCGCAAUCGUCAAAGAGGGAUUCGUGCGGUGUAAGGAGGACAAGUUCUUAGCCACCUGGAACCAGCGGUACUUGAUCUUGCGCGAAUCUCGCAUCGAAUUUAUGAAAAAUGAGUCCGGCAAGAUUGUCACCAACUUCCCCUUGACCACCGUCACCGCCGUUUCUCGUUCCGAAGAUACCAAAAUGGCCUUUGAAAUCACCCGCCUGGCCAACCCCAAGGAUGCGAACUCCAAGACGGCAAUGAUCACUCGAGAUGUUGCGACCAAGACCAUCACCUGCGAGGUGAGAUCCGAUGAUGAGAUCUAUGAGUGGAUCGACAAAAUCUACGAGCGCUGCCCUGGAAUGGGUGGUGUGAGUAACCCAACGAACUUCAGUCACCGCGUCCAUGUCGGCUUUGAUCCGCAAACCGGCGCCUUCGUAGGAUUACCGCCAGAGUGGGAGAAACUUCUCACGGCCUCGGCCAUUACCAAGGAGGACUACAAGAAGAACCCCCAGGCGGUCAUCGAGGUUCUCGAGUUCUACUCCGAUAUCAAGAUGCGCGAACAGAACCCUCAGUACUACGGUGGUAUGAAUGCACCAACUAGCUCACAGCCUAAGCCCCUCGGCAGCAACAACGUAGGCAGUUCCAUUGCUCCUCCUCGACCUCCACCACCAGGCCCGCUGCAACGUCUCGACAGCGGUCAAUCUAAAACUUCAAUGGACAGCUCCAUGCGCUCAAACACAUCGUCACCUGGACAAUCACAAGGUGGAGACCGUGCUAUGGAGCAGCAGCAACAAUUGGAGCGUAUGAAGGAGAUGGCCGACCAGGAGCGUCGCCGUGUGGAGGAAGAACAACGCCGCAAGGAUGACGAAGCAUACAACUCUUCCCUGCCCCAGUCGCGGACUCCAAUGGCCAAGCAAGAGCUUGGAGUCGUCCUGCCCCCCCAGGCCCCUGGCGCUGGUGCUCGAGCUCCAGGACAAGAUCCUCGCCAACUCACCGCACAGCGUCCCGCCCCUCCUCCUCCAUCGCAGAGCCCCUAUGGACAAGGUGCACCCCGCACACCCGGUGGCUCCCGCAGCGAAGACCAGGGCUCGCCUAAUCGUUAUCCCGCCAAUGAUCCUCGGUCUCAGGCCGCCAACCGUCCUCAGAACGGUGGUAGCAAGGGCCAGCAAGCUCAGGGGCCCCCUCCUACUCGUCUUCCCGCUCCAGUCCAGGCCGUGAAGCCGCUGAACAUUGCCAACAAGCAGACUUCUAACAAACAAGCCGUUCCUGAUGGUGUUCGUCAAGCAGAGGCUGCUCUUUCUAAGAAGCCAGAGCCGCGACAAAAGGAGGUGCGCAUGUCGGCAAUGACAGAGAAUGAAGUGAUGGAUCGAUUGCGAGCCGUUGUAUCCAAGGACAACCCCAACGAAUCGUACAGCAAGCAGCGCAAGAUUGGCCAGGGUGCCUCCGGGUCAGUCUACGUGGCGCGGGUUAAGGAGAAUGCGCCAUCACCUGUGGCUCACGAGCUGUACAGACAGUACGGCCCACGCUGCCAAGUCGCUAUCAAGCAGAUGGAUCUACGCAGCCAGCCGCGCAAGGAGCUGAUCGUGAACGAGAUCAUCGUCAUGAAGGACAGCCAACACGCCAACAUUGUCAACUUCCUAGACUCAUUCCUGCAAGAAUCGAGCAACGAGCUCUGGGUAGUGAUGGAAUUUAUGGAAGGUGGAGCAUUGACAGACGUAAUCGACAAUAACCAAGUGAUUUCCGAGCAUCAAAUCGCCACCAUCUGCUCUGAGACUUGCAAGGGGCUGGCCCACCUGCACAGCCAGAACAUCAUCCACCGAGACAUCAAGAGUGACAACGUCCUCCUCGACCGAGUCGGCCACGUCAAAAUCACCGACUUCGGAUUCUGCGCUAAACUCACCGAAUCCAAGAGCAAGCGCGCUACAAUGGUCGGAACACCAUACUGGAUGGCGCCAGAGGUCGUCAAGCAAAAGGAGUACGGCCCCAAGGUCGACUGCUGGUCUCUGGGUAUCAUGGCUAUUGAGAUGAUCGAGUCUGAACCGCCUUACCUGAACGAAGAGCCUCUGAAGGCACUCUACCUAAUCGCAACAAACGGAACCCCUCGUCUGAAGAAGCCGGAGAAACUCAGCAAGGAGCUCAAGGCUUUCCUGAGCGUUUGUCUGUGUGUUGAUGUUCGCAGCCGUGCUACUGCGGAUGAACUACUCGCCCACGAAUUCUUGCAGACUGGUUGCAGCCUUGCCAGUCUGGCUGAACUUCUUAGGUGGAAGAAGGCCAAUGGCCAGUAA